ACAGACAGGGGCAUAACUCAGACACUGAAACAGUCAUCACCUUCCAAGGACCAGAACAGCACAAGUUGAAAAAGAGGCUAAAAAAUAACUUUCAGGUUAUCCUGACACCAGGAAAGGACUGAGGACUCUAUUCAUACCUGUCCCCAAGGAGACGACAAGGUCAGCCCAAGGACAGACGCACAGCAGCAUCAGGAGGAGGUGAGAGAGGCUACAGACUAACUGACCAUGGCGUCGUUCGAACCUCAGGGUCAGUCUCCUCCUUGCUGUGGCCCCCAGUUCCCCAGCCUGGGCCAGGAACCUCCAGAACUCAGCAUGUACAGUGACUGCUACUACCCUCCUCCAUCGCUCCCCAGCCCCCAGCGCACCACCCCCACCUCCUAUGACUACAGCACCUCCUCCCCUAAUCCUUACCUGUGGUUCAACGGAUCCGGCAUCAACGCUCCCCCAUAUCUGGCCACCACUGGGCCCCCAGGAAACCCCGGGCCACCCUUCGUUCCCCAGCACUAUGGGAUGCAAAGGCCUUACCUGGGGCCUGGAGGGGCAGGGGUCCCUGGGGGGGAGCUGGGCUGGUUCUCUCUGCCCUCACAGGAAGACCUGAUGAAGCUGGUCCGCCCGCCCUACUCCUACUCCGCCCUCAUUGCCAUGGCGAUCCACGGCGCCCCGGAGCGGCGGCUGACCUUGAGUCAGAUCUACCAGUACGUGGCCGAUAACUUCCCCUUCUACAACAAGAGCAAGGCUGGCUGGCAGAACUCCAUCAGGCACAACCUGUCACUCAACGACUGCUUUAAGAAGGUCCCCAGAGAUGAGGACGACCCUGGUAAGGGUAACUAUUGGACACUAGACCCAAACUGUGAGAAGAUGUUUGACAACGGAAACUUCCGUCGUAAAAGAAAGAGGAAGUCUGAUUCACUGUCUGGAGGAGAGGGGGGGUCAGGGGGGUCGGAGCCAGGUGAGCCAGGUCGAAGCCCCGAACCCCCCAGCAACCACGGGAUCGACAUGUCUCCCACGCCAGAGAGAAUCCCCACCCCUUCAACCACAGGUCCCGCCCCUUGUUUGAGCAGCUUCCUGUCUGAGAUGUCUGGAGUGGUGUCAGGGGGAGCCAAUGAGAUCGUAGGAGAUUCGCUGAACCGGGCCCUCCCCAUAACCCUUACCCUGGAUGGGACCCAGAGGCCUACACAGCCUGGGGGUUUUAGUAGUUACUCCCCCAGCUCGGGUGUUUCGGAGUGGGCUUCCCAGCUGCCGCCUCCCCCUGGCCUCUCCUCCUCGCCCACCCACUCUUCCCUGGGUUACAGCAGCCCCAUCCUCAGCCAGUUCAAUGGGCAUUUCUACCCUGGCUUGGGCUCAGCAAGCAUCCUAUACCCACGGGAAGGCACAGAGGUCUGAACAGACUGAUAGACAGGGAGACAAGGAUGGGCAGAAGACAACUAGAGGUCUGAACAGACUGAUAGACAGGGAGACAGGGAUGGGCAGAAGACAACUAGAGGUCUGAACAGACUGAUAGAGGGGGAGACAGGGAUGGGCAGAAGUUAGCUAGAGGUCUAAAGACACUAAAGAAAGGAGAGUGAGAAAGAGACUUCUACAUGAGACUGAACUGAACCGUCUGCUGACACACACAUACACACACACACACGGUAGUCAGUUAAAGCUGACAGGGCGGGACUCAGUUGCGUGUGACAGCAAGAUGAGCAGGGCCUGGUUCCCACGGAAACAGCCGAGUCAGCAUCGAUGAUGCUUCACGCACACACACACACACACACAC